AUGAGACGGACAGUGCUUUCGUUUUUGGCUCUGAUCCUGUUGACUCUUUCUUCUUUUGUCACUUCGAAUAACCCAUUAUCUGGUCAUCGAAGAAACUUUGGACCUAAACUUCACCACCGCAAAUAUGAAGCCCCUUCGAUAAUCAACGAAGGUACUCUGUCGGACUUUAGCACUGAAGACCCUUUGGAAAUAGCAAUAAAAUUUGUUUCAACAAAAUUACAUCCAACCGCUGAUUUCGUUAUCAAGGAUAGCUACAAAUCGGAUCAUAAUGGCGUGACCCACAUUUAUUUUAAACAGAUCGUCAAUGGUUUGUUCGUUUCCAAUGGUGAUUUAAAUGUUAAUGUUGAUCAGUUUGGCAGGGUCAUAUCUUACGGUGAUUCGUUUUAUGUCCCGAAUCCUACUAUCCGUGAACAGAAUUUACGUCCCGAUGAGAAACCUAAUCUUGGAAACGUCUUCGACGAUUCACAAUAUGUAUUCGCUCUAGAAUCUUUCGCACGUUUCAUCAACAAAGAGAUAGCGCAUCCUGAGGAUAUCAAAACCAUCGAGCAUAGUACAUUUGACGACGGACAUCAUGUUCUUUUGCUGUCUAAUGUGCCGUUUGCUCUUUCCGACGUGAAAAUGAGUCAGGAGUAUAUUCAAAUGGACGAUCGAUCUUUACGAUUCGUUUGGGAUAUCCAGAUCGAGAUGGAAGAUAAUUGGUAUAAUGCUCAACUAGAUGCUCAUACCGGGAAAGUUGUUUCUCUCAUUGACUGGGUAUCCGAUGCUGCUUACAAUGUUUUCCCAUUCGGUACCAAUGAUCCAUCGGAUGGUGAUAGAAAGUUGUUAUUAGAUCCUCAUGACAUAUUGGCAUCUCCUAAUGGUUGGCAUACUCAGGGUAAAAAAAACUUUAACAAUACCAUUGGUAACAAUGUUUACGCCCACGAAAAUUUACGUGGAG